CACAACCCCGGCCUCGCAGCGCCAUGUGUGCGGCGACCAGGCGCGCGGGCUGCCGCCACACUAUUUAAGCGGAGGCUAUGCGACCAGGAGGAUCAACGGAGGUCCACCUAGAAGAUCACUCGGGAGGCAGAGAAGCUGGGGACGGGGGCGGCGGAGGAGGACGAGGAGGGGGAGGAGGACGAAGAACGAGGAGGCGGCGGCGGAGGAGGCGGAGAUGCCGCUUUCGCCCCCAUCACCACCGCCGCACCAGGGACAAGUCGCGGGAGAGUUGGAGUUGAGUUGCAAAACAUCCCUCCCCCACCUUUAAAAAUAAAAAAGCGACAUAUUCACUACUAGACCUCAAGAAGAGUGAAAACGGGGGAGGGGGGAGUAAAGACGAGCCGCCCCCUUUUCUUGGAUCCAUACAAACUUUGCCGAGCUUGAUUGCGCUUUACUCUCGGCACCUUUUUGGACGCAGUUACAUUUCCCGCGCAGGGCACAUCCAGGCGCCCUUUCCCCCUCGUCGCACCGCAGCCAUGCCCUCCUUUCUCUUCCUGAGUUUCUUUGCUUGCAGCCUGCUGGCUUGGCUGCUCCUCGCAGGCGGGAGUAACAGCAGCAGCAGCCGCCGCCGCCCGGGCGUGGAACAGCAGGAGGAAGCGCGCGAGGAUCAAGCGCUGCGGGUGCUGGUGCUGCUCCCCAAGGACAACGCGUACCCGUUUUCCCUGGCGCGGGUCCGGCCGGCCAUCGAGUACGCGGUGCGGAGCCUGGAGGCGAACGCGACGCUUCUGCCAGCGGGCCACACUUUCCGGCUCUUCUACCACGACUCGGAUUGCGGCAAUGGGGCGUUGUUCAGCCUGGUGGAUAUGGUCGCCUUGAGCGGGCAGUGGCCGGACCUGCUGCUGGGGCCCGUCUGCGAAUACGCGGCCGCGCCGGUAGCGCGCCUGGCCUCCCACUGGAACCUGCCCAUGAUCUCGGCCGGCGCGUUGGCUGCCGGCUUCAGCACGAAGACGGGCGAAUACUCGCACCUGACCCGGGUCGCUCCGGGCUACGCCAAGAUGGGCGAGAUGUUCCUGGCGCUCUUCCGGCACCACAAGUGGAAUCGGGUCAUGCUGGUCUACCACGAAGACAAGGAGCAGCGCAGCUGCUUCUUCGCCGCCGAGGGCGUCCACGUGGUAUUCCGAGAAGCUGGCCUCCACAUGGACGACUUCGCCUUCGACGAGAGCGGCAAGUACACGGACGACGUGGUGCGCGCCAUCCAGGGCGGCGAGAGAGUUGUGAUCAUGUGUGCCAGCAGUGACGCAAUAAGGAGCAUCAUGUUGGCUGUGCAUCGGCAAGGAAUGACCAAUGGAGACUAUGCUUUCUUCAAUAUUGAACUCUUCAACAGUUCAUCAUACGGAAAUGGCUCAUGGAAGAGAGGAGACAAAUAUGACCUUGAAGCAAAGCAAGCGUACUCAUCCCUCCAUACAGUCACACUACUGAGGACAGUGAAACCCGAAUUUGAGAAGUUUGCCAUGGAGGUGAAAAGUUCUGUUCAGAAACAAGGAAUAAGUGAUGAUGAUUAUGUUAACAUGUUUGUGGAAGGAUUCCAUGAUGCUGUUAUCCUCUAUGUUCUGGCCUUACGUGAGGUUCUGAAGAAUGGUUUCACUAAGAAAGAUGGAGACAAGAUUGUCCAUCAGACAUGGAACAGGACGUAUGAAGGCAUUGCAGGGCCAGUAUCCAUAGAUGCCAAUGGAGAAAGAUAUGGGGAUUUCUCUGUGAUUGCAAUGACUGACCCAGAAACUGGAAUGCAGCAGGUUGUUGGGAACUAUUAUGGAAAGCAGGGACAGCUUGAAAUGCUUCCAAAUGUUAAUUACCCCUGGGAACACAAACUGAGACUAGAUGACAGCCGUGGUUUGGAGCACCCAAGCAAUAUACCCUGCAAAUCAUCAGGUGGCCUAGGAGAGUCAGCAGUUACAGGAAUUGUUGUGGGUGCCUUGCUAGGAGCAGGACUGUUGAUGGCCUUCUACUUUUUCAGAAAAAAAUACAAAAUAACUAUUGAGAGGCGAAGUCAACUGGAAGAAUACAACAUUGGCAAGCACUGGCAAUUACGAGAAGACUCUAUAAGGUCUCACUUUUCUGCUGCAUGAAGGAAACAAGUUGAUGUUUUUGUGUGUGUGGAAGAAAUCUGUAGACAAACGGACACUACCAAAGACAGCAACAGAAAAGAAGAAGCUCAUUAAGAACUCAGCAUUUUAAAAGUAGAGUAACUCUGUCUUAAUUCCUUUCAGAAACUCAGGAAUGAUUUACUAGCCACAUUAUGCCACAUGGCCUUUUUAUCUUGUGGAAAGGAAAAUGGCAAAAGAAAGGGUGCAUUUUUUCCUCUGCAAGAUGGUUUUAACACUUGGUGUAUAUCCAAGACAGGUUGCUUUGGUCAGCCAUUUUGUUUCUUGGAAAUGUGAAUGGUUCGUUGGAUGGACCUUUGUUAGCUGCGCCUCACACCAGAUUAUAAAAGGAAUGUGAUCUCAGAGACACAGAUGCUGCUUUUUAGCAGGAACAGAAAUAUGUUCAGUAUUGAACAGUGGGGAUAAGGAAGGAAGGGUGUUUGGAGGUAGUACAAGACAAUAUAAUUUAUGGGAAAAGGCAGACAUGUCUUUGUUUGUGGAACAUAAAGAAUCCCAAAGCUGAGGAAAAGCAGGAUUUGGUUAGAAGGACCUAUUUACACAACAUAUUAGUUUGGAAGAUCAUUCCCUGUGAAAGACUUCCCUCACAAAUUGGUUGGGGAUUGAUGUAAACAGGACAACUGCUUGCCUGUGUUCCUAGGGAAGGAAUCUGGGGUUUAAGAGAAUUCCCAUUUACAUGGAAUUUUUAUUUUCAGGAAGCUCCCUCCUCUACAUAAUUUCCAUGGCUUGUUUAUAGGAAUCCUGUCAUAGAGAUCACUGCAGGAUUAUGCAUUCCCUGGUUACAUGUCUCCUGCUUUUAAAUCUGUUGGGUGUUCCUUGUGUAAGAGAAACACAAAAGAGUUCCAGAAAAGAGGCGGAGAUGUAGGCCUAAUCUGCACAUAAUGAUGACAUGAUGUGAAAGAAUCCUGAGAUUAUAGCCUUACUACUUCAGAGUACAAAUGUGUGGGAGAGGGUACCAUUUCUGAAUUCUCUCCUAAGUAAAAAAGCAACAACUGUGCAAAUAGAAUAAAAACCUAGUGAAUUGGAGAAGAUUCUAGGCUGCCCCUUUAAUGAUGUACUAAGUUUCUACUUAAAGACUGGUUUUUACACAGGGGAGCAUUCAAAAAUACAAUUACCUUUACCUGCUUGCUGAAGUGAUAUAGUCUAUUCUGCCAGCUCAUUGUCACCUCAUUCUGUUUUAUGUGUAGACCAAGCUUUACUAUUGCCAAUGACAGUAAAUGAGAUCUGCCUCGGGCAAAGCACCUUACGAUGAUCUCUCUAUGUACAUACAGAUAUGUACACAUACACACACAACAACUGGAAGUUCAGAUGAAGUUCUGGCGCCCUCCGUUUUUUUUCCUGAAGUUGCCCUACUGAUUCUUCAGCAUUUUGGUUCCCACUGCUGAAAUGAAAACUGGUGAACAAGGCGAGAACUAUGAUCUGUGUAGGGUUGUGUGUGUGCCAUGCAGACGGGAGGUUCUUGGGGACUGCAUAAAGAAGCUUUUUUAAAAAACAAACAAAUAGGCCAUUACUCAGCAGUAUGUUCCAUUGAAACCUGUGGUACUUACUUCCAAGUGAAAUGAGUAUAGAGUCAGGAUGCAAUAUGCCAUCCCCACUCUGAAUUCUUCAACCGGAAGUAAACACCCCAUGGCCACUGUCAAGACCUGAGUGUGGCUCAAACUAUGUAAAUAUUAAGUAUCAGAGAGGUUUUGUACAGUAAAGGCAACUCAAAAUGUUUUUGUUGUAUAAAAGAUGGCACUCUGGGUUAACAUUUUAUUUUUAGGUAUUCUUAUAUUUUUCUAUUAAGGAAAAGAUUUAGAAAGUAAAGAUGAGAAUGUGGUUGAAGAGCUAUUUUUCUUUUUGAAAGUGUGAACAACAUUGAGCACAAAACAUCUUAGCUGUAAAUAAAACUUGUAUCUUUUGCCUUUGCAUAUUGGGCUAGUCCUCCCCCUCCCCUUCUUCCUUUACCCAGACAUAGAUCUCUCAUUCAGUGGCAAGAUUCCUUUGAUUAUCUAGAAUGGAGCUGUGGAACCUGUGGCCUCCAGAUGUUCCUGGACUAUGCCUUCCAUCAUCUUGACCAUUGGCCAUGGGGCUCAUUGGAACUGGAGUCCAACAACACCUGGAAGGCCACAGUUUCCCCAUCCCAUAGAGGAGAGACUUCAUGCUAAUAAUCCCAGGCUUUCUCUAACAGGAAUUGUAUAACCAUCUCUUUUAUUUGAAGGAUAAAUGAAUCACAAGGUUUUAGCAACCUUUCUGAUCUAUGCUAGUUUUUAAAAUACGUUUAGAUCAGCUUUUUUUUUUAAAGUCAGUCUUCGGCUAUUUCUUUCUACAUUGACUCAUGAACAGUACAGAAGCGAUAGAAACCAGCUAGUGGUUACCAGAAAGGUAAUGUGUGCUCUGGUUACUCCUGGCCAUUCACAGCAGCCACACACCUGCAAGGUGUUACCUCUUGCAACCCCCUUCCUCUACCAUGAUCUCAUGUCUCCUGCUGGUAAGAAUGUCAGCUGUGCCUCGUGUGUGUCCUCAUUUGCCAUUCAGGAGAGGUGGCACACCACCACACCGGCCCACAAACCGAGCACAUUGUAGAUUAUUCUGGAGUAUGAACUGAAUGCAUACCCUAAAACAUGCUCACAGCUACUCUGCAUGAAAAGUGGAGUGUGUAACUCAAGAGCUACAAUACACUCAACCUUGAACUGUGGCUGCACAUUGCAGGGGAAGAUGGCAGUCUAGCUGUGUUUCAGGGAAGUUUGUCAAUUCUUGCUUACCUUCUUACUGAAGAAGCCCUGAUAACUUCCAGGGCACACCAGAGUUCCUUGGCAUACAAUUUGAAAACCACUGGUUUAGAUUGUAAGUAAUCCAUUUUUUCAACAGUAUUCUGCUCUUUUCCUAAGUCAGUGUAUGCUAUUUUUUUCAGUCCUUUAGCUUUCACAGCUGGUUCUCCAGUGCUAAUACUAUUCUUAGGUUUCACACUUUUUAAGGAAGUAAAAACAAAACACCACCAAAACCUGCUUCAUUAAAAUGAAUCAUACAUGCAUACAUGCACAAACCAGACAAAUAGGCCAGUAGACAUGCUUAAGUACAACUGAAAUGAAAGCAAAUUGCUUUGUCCAGUUAAAAUCAAGGUAACUAUGCGCUGGAUUGUUGCCAAAACUUACAAAUACUACACAGAAGGAUGUGAUGAUAUUUAAUUUAAGGAUUGUACACCAAUCUAAGUGCUCACACUGAGCCAACUGAAAGAAAGACAGUAAAUUAGGUUGGAUACACAUUUUAUUGAACCAGCAGCUGUUAGUGGGAGUGUCAUGUUUUUCAACUUGAUACAGACCUUCAGCAGGUUCAAACAUUCACAUUUGCCAACAGAAAUUGCACCAAUAGGAAGAAUUGGCUUAUCGAUUUCCUCUUUUCCCCCUGAGUUCUUUGAAAAUUGGCACAAGCAUAAUCCAGAAAACAACAUUACAGCUGCUAUCCUUUAUCAUUCACACUAGUGGACUGAUAGAAAUUUUGUUUGCAAAUAGGAAUGUUAUGAGAAAUCAGGCUCCUAAAUGUUUUUUUAAAAAUUGUUUUACUUAUUUUGGUACUAUAGUAACAUGCACCACCUUAAAUUUGGUCAAGCUUAUUCAAUGAAUAUUCAGCCUAAAUAGAGAAACACCCCCAACAUUGGCUUCAGUGAUGUGAUCUAGUCUUGCAGGAACAUUCACGUUUUAUCAUGUAAAAAACAAAGGAACAUUUUGGUUACCUCCAUGCCAUUCAUUUACAGCACAUUUAAAGCACACUGCUUUCCCCAAAGAAUCCCGGGAACUAGUUUGUUAAGGGUGCUCAGAAUGUAGUUUACCCCUCACAGCACUACAAUUCCCAAUGCCCUUAACAAACUACAGUUCCCAGAAUUCUUUGGGAGAAGCCAUGUGCUGUAAAUGUGUGGUGUGAAUGUGACCAUAGUUUCAUUUUACAUUUCCAGAAGUAGUUACUUACUGCAAGUUGGCCUAAGACUUAUUUUUGAAUCCCUCAUUUUUAAAGUACUUGCAAAAUUUAAUGAGUUAAUACAACCAAUGCCAAAUCACUAGUAGGAUGCAUCUAGAUCAAGAGAUCUAAGAAACACAUAAACUUUUUAUUGUCAUUGUUUGGCAGUGAUUCUUUUUCAUAGUUUUUCUAGGUGUUCUUCCUUGAAAAAUGACAUAUUGAGGAAAUUUGAACAUGUUAAUGACAAUUCUGCAAAUGAUUAAGAUGUCAUUUCCUCUAAAGACUUAACUUUUGUAAAUCUAGAUUAAGGGUUUUAAUCCCUGUGGAUUUAACUCUAAUGAGCAACCAGGCUAAUUAGUAAUCCUUCCUGUUCUACAUAAAGGUUCCUUGCAUUUAGUCUUGAAAAUAAAGUCAAAAUGAGGCUUUCUAAAGUGAACUGUUACGUAGAUACCUUGUUUUUGAAUACAAAAUUAUUUCUUAAAAGCACUUUCCUACUGGUGCACACAGACAUUUAGAGCAUAUAAACAGUCUCUGAAAGGUGCUCCUUUAAAGCUGUACACUGUAAAAUUUACAGUAACCACUAAUGCUAAUGUUCUACAUCAAAGGCUUAAAUAUCUUAGUGAUUUUGAUACUGCUGAGAUUCAUAAGUUAAGCUACAGUACUUACAUUGUGGGGAUUUACUAGGUGCUGUAAUAUAGUAAAGAAAUAAAAUGCUUGUUUAGUGUUCCCAUGAUAUACUUUUCCUAAAAGACACUUGAGCAAACAAAGGAAAUGUAUCCAGUAGGGCAUUUUUAAAGAGAAUUUUAAGAAAAUGUAAGCUGGAAUUCACAAGGGCAGGAACAAGAGAACAGGAUGCUGGACUAGAUGGGCCACUGGCCUGAUCCAGCAGGCUCUUCUUAUGUUCUUAAACCAUGGAGAGUAUCAUUAAUCCACAUAUCCUUAAAUCAUGCUACUUCCUUUAAUAUGUCGUACAGACAGCAGAUCACGACUUAAAUUUUUGUUUAUAUCAGGAUGACCAGUUUGUAACUUAUACAUGCUAGAAUAUUACUUUCACUAUCUAAAUUUUUCCUCUGACUUAAGCAGAAGAAGAAUCAUACUACAUAUUCCAGUUUCAGUGGCCUUCCAAGAGCCUUGUCUCACAAUGGUCACAAUCAAGAGAAGACAAGUUCAUAUGCUUGUAUGAUUCACUUUUGUACCUCUGGGCUUUCUCUUGGAUUUCCAUGGAUGAAACCACUACAUUCCUUUUGCCUACUUCUCCAAGUAUGAAAAGAGAUUUGGAAAGCCAAAUAGAAGUUGUCGCUUCCAAAGAAAACAAAGAAGAAAAUCCAAGUGCAUAAUUCUGUGAUUACAUCCGUUGUUAUUUUCUCUCACAGGUGUGUUCCCAAUGUGUGCAAAGAGUGCAUACCCAAAAGUCAGAUAGGGAUAGAGUACUGGGAGUAACGAUGCCAGCAGAGUUCUCUGAGCCAUGCUCAGAAACAAACUUUGGGGGCCCAGAAAAUGCAUGUCAAAAGAAGAGGUGAAUUUUUACAAAUUCAAACGUCCUCUCCUCUCCGGAUCAAAAUCCAAGAAGGAAUGGACUUUGCAGCUUCCCCAGCCUGUCUCUACUGCCUUUCCUGCAUCCUCCAAAAUUGCCCUCCAUUGCCCAAACACACUACCCCUUUUCUCUUCCCUUCCAUUGUCAGCAAUUGUAUGAAUCCUUGAAAGAACACCGGUCCCCAUAGCCCACCACAUCCUAUUACUCUGUAAGGGCAAUACUAUCAACCUCUCCUGCUGCUGCCACCGUUGCUCCUCUGUCAAACAUUGAGGGAAGACUGGGGGAGGAAGUAUCUGGGGAAGUGGGGUGGCAUUUUUUUGAACCCUUAAUUUGGUUUAGGAAAUUGUUUUUGAGCCAAACUGAGAGAACCACAGAAAGCAUGUAUAUCUCUAUUGGGAGCAGCUUCACAUAAUGUGCCUUACUCCUAAGUUGAUAGGUGCGCAAAUCUUUGCCGUGUUUCAGCUGUACUUGUGGGAGAGUUUUUGUGAAUGAGAAUUGUAAUACUAGAUGUGUUGGAAUGCUUUUGUUCAUUAUACCACCUUAAAUAUGGUAAGACUUAAUGAAACAAAAGAAAAGCAUUAAGUGGAAUGUAUUCACAUCAAAUAUCCAAUGUCCUAGGCAGACCAACCAGGAGCAAACUUGACAACUGCCCUCACAACAGAUCUCUGUUUGGAUUUUAGAAAACAUUCUUUCAAAAUGGCUACUCAGAGGUGAAGUUUGUCAGCACAUCUAAUUCUUUCUUGAUAACAAUACUGGCUUAAAAUGUUCUUUUUAAAAAUCAUUUGUGAAAUAUUAACAGGCUUGAUUGUCCAUUGGAUUUGGUUGUUUCCUUGCGCAAAACAUGUAGUAUCACAAAAUUAAAAGGACUCAGGAUAGAGAUUGUGGAGGUUUGACUUUGUCUCUAUCUCCCCUUUUAUUGUAGUCAGUGUUGUAUGAUUGUAAAAAAAUAUACUGGAUACUCUAGAAGUGUAAUAUUGGUUUGGUCAAAAUAAUAAUGGAAAGCUGCACAGCAUAUUGUACUGAUGUAAGUAGAACUAUUUGCAUAUAAUGUGAUUUUAUUUAUUGCAUUUCUGUAGAGACAGAAUUCAUGACUGUGGAUAUAACCUCUGUGUGAUGUAUUUUUAUUUCUUUCACAAGUUGCUCGUUUAUUAUUGGUGUCCAUUGACUAUUCAAUGCGUAUAUUUUCUUGUAAACAUUUCAAGUAGUACAGAUUGUCAUAUUCCCAAUUUAUAACAAAAGGCUCCCAUUAAAGAGGCAAAUCUAUACAUUCACCUAUUAAUGUGGUCUAAUGAUCUGUUAAGAGAUUCCUUGCUCUACAACACCGUUCUCCAGCUUUGGGUCCCCAGAUGUUGGCAGACUACAACUCCCAUCAACCACUGUCAAUUUAGCCAAUGGCCAAGGAUGAUGGGGGUUGUAGUCCAGCAACAUCUGGGGGCCCAAGGUUGAACAUACAAUUGUACACUAGCAAACCUGUUUUAAAGGGCCAGAGGGAGAUCUUUCAACUGGAAGACAGUCACUUUUCUAGCACCACCCAAGAAAUCCACAUCUGUGUCACGAACUGAACCCAGACCCAACCAAACAUGUUAUCCUUUAGACGAGGGUUUGAGAACCUGGCUUCCCCUCGAUGUCUGCCGUGAAUGAAAAUCUUGUACUGCAUAGAAUAUUUAAGGACAAUCCAUUCCAUUGUAUAGCAACAAGAGUACACUGUUCACAAUAUACUUUCCUCCUCAGUUCUUCCUGUAGCAAAGACCUACAACACCCAAUAACCUCAUAAUUCCAAAUAUAUGCUGGUCUCAGAUGGGACAGCCAAAUGUUUGCAUUCAGACUUCAUAGCAAAUUGGUACAGAAUACAAAGUGCUGUGGCUAUAAGCCAGGGCAAGGUCAUGUGCCCAGCAAUUUGAUGUUAGUACCAAACAAAAAGAAGACAAAACCAAGCAAAAAUGUGGGCACAUACAUUGUGCCCUUAUUUUCUCAUCUGGUUAAAAGCAUUUUCCACACAUGCCUAGUAGCUUUAGUUUGAAUAGUUCUGUUAUUCUAUCCCUUGCAGGGCUCUAGCCAAUACCAAAACCAGCAGCUCUCCCAAAAUGCUUGUUUGUUUCCUGAAAACAUUCUGGUGUAUUGCAUAUAUACAGAACGAUUUCUGUCAAAAGAGUUAUUAAAAAACAACAACACCCUCAGCCAAUUUGUACAAAUAAGGUGAGAUUUAAAAGCCCAUUGUGUGCUGCUACAGAAGACUUUCCAAAGGGGUCACCAUGUCAGUCUGUUGCCCCUUAAGGUCUUGUGGCUGACAAAUUUUAUUAUGGCAUAAACCUUUGUGGACUAGAGGUGAAUUGCUGUUAACUGCCCAUCUUUCACGAGCAGGUCCCAGGGUGGAUUAUGGAAAUGGACUGCCUUCAAGUCAAUCCCAAUUUAUGGCUACCCUAUGAAUAGGGUUUUCAUUGUAAGCGGUAUUCAGAGGGGAUUUACCAUUGUCUUUCUCUGAGGCUAGUCCUCCCCAGCUGGCACAGUGGCCCUUUGAGGAUUUUUUAAAAAAUUCCUGCUGCUGUUUUAAGUGUUUAUAAUAAUACAGCCACAGAAGUGGCUAUAUACUAUAACCAGUGUGGAUUUUUCACAUUCCGCAGUGUUAAAUUGAAAAUACCCCCAUGCCAUUCUGAUGUUUCCCAUAAGCUCAUUUCAAAACAAAACCUUAUAAAAUGUAUAGUCCUGAACUCAGAAAUGCUUGCUUAACAACACUCUAAAUUUUCAUGGCGAUACACAAAAGAGAGAAUAGAGAGUUCAAAGUCUAAAAAGAGAGGGCAAAAACCCAGAUCCCGUUUGGACUUUUUUCUGUCAGAGUUCUCAUAAUCUGUUGAAAUUCAUUAAAAAUCAGCCAUCUUCACAGAGUACCUGUAAUCCUAAUACUGACCUUGCCCCAUACUCUGACCUUCAUCUUCUGCAGUUUAAAAGUUAAAAAUUGCCUGGCUGAUUUUUAAUUAAUUAAAGAAAUUUUGCAUUGAACUGAGUCAGAGCUUGAAAAAUUACUUUUAAAAAGUAAUAAAUUACAGUUACAUGCAGAGCUUGCAAGUAACUAGUUACAAGUAACGAAUUACUUGUAAUUUAUUAUUUUUUUGAGUAACGAGUGGGUAACUUCAUUACAUUUUGCUGGUAAUAGAACGAGUAGUAACUUCAUUACUUUUGAGGAGUAAUUGUAAUGUU